AUGGAAGAGGAAAGUGACAGAAUAACAGUGCCAAAUUGGUUUGAUCUUCCGAUUGAUUUGACAGCAAACAUCCUUCAGAGGCUUGGUACGUUUGAAAUUCUGAGGAGUGCAUGCCGAGUGUCCCCGCAAUGGUGGAACGUUUGCAAGGAUCCUGUCAUGUGGCGAACUAUUCGUAUGCGCUGCACACGUAAUUCACCCAGUGCUUAUGUGGAUUUGGCAAAGAUAUGUUGCAAUGCUGUCAAAAGAAGUAGCAGUCAUCUCGAAGACAUAUAUAUUGAGCGUUUUUGCACCAGUGAUCUCCUCAAGUUCAUAGCUGAAAAUGGCAGUCACCUACUUUGCAUGGGGCUUGUAAAUUGCUCGAAGAUUACAGAUGAAGGAUUUACUGAAGCCAUGAGAAAGCUUCCACAAUUGGAGAAGAUUGACAUUUCACAUUGCCACCUAACCGAUGUUUCUCUUAAAGCCCUAGGUCGUUAUUGCCCUCUUUUGAAAUCCCUUAAAUAUUGUUCAUGGUCGCAUGAAUCUUGUGACUCUGAUAAAAUGGCGUUUGUUAUUGCUGAAACGAUGCCUGGUCUACGCCAUCUUGAUUUGAAAGGACACGAGCUCACUGAACUUGGUGUGCUUGCCAUUAUUGAUAGCUGCCCUCUUCUUGAGUCUCUUGACAUUAGUGAUUGUCAUUAUUUGACUGAAGAUUUGAAGAAAAGGUGCAUUGACCAGAUCAAGGAUUUGCAACUGCCAAGUCGUUAUAUCCAUGAAGACAACGAUUCUGAUGAUGAUUUUCAUUAUUGA